CUUUCUACUAGAAAUCGAAAUAUUUUAUAUAUAGCAAAUUUAGUUUAUAUACAAUUCACGUGUAACAAAUAUUUACGAUAUUUAUUUUUUGUUUAAUAUAAGUCGCUAUUUCAUUUUGUAAAGUUUGCGAUUGAUUGUGAUGGAGACCGAUACAUUAUGUUUCUAUUAUGUAAAUCUGUAUUUCAUGACCUUAAAAAGCUCUAUAUCCGGAUGACUUUGUACACAUAUAACUGCAUAAUACAUAUGCAUAGAAAAAUAUGUAAAGAUCGAUGACGUAUCUAACAGUCAGAACGCAAAAAUAUAAUAUUCAUUGCAUUUCUUAUGCAUACAUAUAUUUAUUAUGCAAUUAUACACGCAAGUAUAUUAAAGAUUGUAUCUCUUGAACAGUUAUUUUGUAAAGAAAAUAAGAGUGGAUGUUUAUACAAAUAAUUUCUGCGAUCAUAAAAGAUAUAAAAACGAUUUAUAUUUAUUUAGCGCGAUUAUGCAGAGAUCUAGUGAUGUUCGAAUAAAAACAAUUGUAUCGAAUUUAAAAAUAAUCGAUUCGAGAGAAGAUAAUCGAUCUUAACAAGAAUCGAUAUAUCUCGAUGUAUUGAUCGACCAGUUCCCCUCCCUCAGUCAGUGUGCGAAAACAUCCGGCAUCUCUAGCUACAUAACCACAAUAAUAGCGAUUCUAGCUUUCAACAAGUAUUUAUAAGAAAGGUAUUCUAUUUGAUCACGAUGUCGAUUGGAGUACCUAUUAAAGUGCUCCACGAGGCGGAAGGGCACAUCAUAACCUGCGAAACAAACACCGGUGAAGUGUAUCGCGGUAAAUUGAUAGAGGCGGAGGACAAUAUGAACUGUCAGAUGCAGAACAUCACGGUGACGUAUCGGGACGGCCAGACAGCACAACUGGAAAAUGUAUACAUUCGCGGCUCCAAAAUCAGAUUCCUCAUACUACCGGACAUGCUGAAAAACGCACCCAUGUUUAAACGACCGGGUGGCAAAGGCUCGGGGACUGCAGGCAGAGGAAAGUCCGCUAUAUUGCGCGCACAAGCUCGCGGCAGAGGAAGGGGACAGAAUCAAAGAGGUAAAGGUACUGGUUCAGCACCUUGGCUUAAUCAACAGAAUCAACCAGGAGGAUCUCAAGCUGGCAGAGGUCGAGGAUAAAUUUUAUGCUAUAUUUUAGAUUUCUGAAAUACACAAACCUACAAUUUCAUUCCCAUAUUUUUAUAUCAUUUCUAAAUAAUAUUU